AUGGCAGAUUUUACAGAAUUUUUGUCACGAGCAAUACAAAAUGUUGAAAACGCACGCACAAUGAAAGGAAAAAAGCCACCUGUACGAGCUUCAAAAGAAAACUUAGUUGCUCUACACCAACAAGUGCUGUUGAAACAUACAAAAGACAACCAAACUACUGGCCAACUUGCUAUUCAUCAAACUAUAACUACGCUAACAUAUCCGCCUUGCACAGAACCACUUUCAUCUCUACAACGCAUAUCAUUAUCUGAUCUGGUACUAGAAACUGUUCAUCACGGAAAGUUUGUUCUUUGUAAAACAUUCGUUGAACCGGAUAAAGCUGUUGGAAUAAAUACCGCUGUUGAAGAUCCCGAAGGAAAUGUCGACAUGUUAUCGCUAUACAACUUUGCUAUUGACAGAGAUCACUCGAAUGCAAUACCUGCUGGAAUUGUUAUAGCAAUAAAGGAACCAUACUACAAAAUAACAGCAGGCGGUGGCGCAUCGCUGCGAUGUGAUCAUCCGACAAACAUUGUUCAUCUCGAUGUUGAGGAUCCGAUAGUUCGACAGAUUACGUGGAAAUCUGGUACGUGUAAUUCAGCCGACGACAAGCAAAAAACCUUAUCCUCAGAAGAAUAUAAACUGGAGGGUAAUGCAUUUUUCAAACAGGGCAAAUAUCACAACGCAAUCACUACGUAUACAAGAGGUGUAGCUUCCAACCUCUCCUCGUCAAAUGUGGUUACUCUUAGACUAAAUCGAGCUGCUGCUCUGCUCAAAGUAGAGCGUUAUGAAGCAGCCCUAGACGACUGUCGACAAGUGCUGGAGUGUGACGUAGGAAACGAAAAAGCGAUAUUUCGAUCAGCAAAAGCAUUUUACGGUUUAGAAGAAUACGAACAAGCACUCGUAAAGAUGCAGCUCUAUUCAAAAGUUGCUGCUAACAAAGACGAAGCACAUAGAGAACUGAAAAAUAUUAGAGAUAGACUCUUUGAAAAACAGCGUGGAAUAUAUGAUUGGAACGUAAUGAUUGCCGAAGCAAAAAAGUCAGCCACACCACGUCUCGAUCAUGCAUCUUAUGUGGGACCAGUUCGUGUUGCCAAUAUCUCAAAUGAAAAAGGGCGCGGAUUAAUACUUACCCAGAAUGUUUGCAAAGGAGAAUUGUUACUGUGUUCAAAGGCAUUUGAAAUUUGUUAUCCAACAGAAACCGGAACAGUUAUAUAUAUUAACACUGAAACAAAGUUAACCGAUAAAGGUGCACAAGGAAUGUUAGCAUCAAAAAUCGUACAGAAAUUGCUAAACAAUCCAAGUCUGGCUAAACCAUUUUUUGAUUUAUAUGCUGGUCAACAUAGACUGGCAAAAAUACCACCUACCACUUCAACUCCACCAGUCGUCGACGUUUUCUGGGUGGCCGACAUUUGUAGUAUGAAUUCGUUUGAGGUUACAGAUUCAGAUUUAAAUCCUCGUGAAGAUGAACGAAACGCUUUCCGAUACAAUCAUCUAACGGACAGUGCUAGUGGCUUAUUUCUGAUGCCUUCAUACAUCAAUCACACUUGUCUCGGAAACUGUAUUCGAAGUUUUGUUGGCGAUAUGAUGAUAGUUCGUGCACUGGAUGAUUUACCGGCAGGCACAGAACUCUUAAUGUCGUAUACCGAUAUACUUUUGGAACUAGAGGACCGGCAGUCGACAAUUGCUAAACAUGGAUUUACCUGUGACUGUAAGUUGUGUGUAUUAGAUCGCGCAGAAUCAAAAGACAUGCGAAUGCGAAGACAAACUGCAUUUCAAAUGUUUUCCAGCCAAACAUUCACCAAAUUUAAAAAUGACCCAAGCGGUCAGUUGGAGGAAAGAAUCAAUGAAACACUAAGCGUUAUUAAUACGAUUGAGAACACUUACGAGGAUUCGAAUCGUAAAGAAUUUCAAAUCAGUUUAUGUUUACCACUAAAAGUUCUAGGAACAAUGUACGUAGCGAGCGGAAAUACUGAAAAAAGUAUUCGUACAUGGAAAAAAAUAUUGAAAAUACAUGAAUUUGGCACGAAGAAUGCCAUUUGGACUGUUUGCCUUAUUCCAGCGAUCGCUGAGUUAUGUCUCAUGUAUUACAUGACUGCACAAACCAAAUUAGGACAACUUUUACUAGAAAAGUUACGUGCUGAAUUGACUGUUACGGCUGCAGGUGACGACCGAAUAUUUCUCGUGGAACAUCGUGAAGUUUUCGAGAGAAGUUGUAAUUUUUUUCCAUGA